CACAGAUAGACAGACUGACACACCAGCAGACUGGCAUCUAUAAGCGGCACCAUGAAAACCAACUGCUCCUUCACCGAGGUAGACCGCCUCAUGAAAUCACUGGAACUUGCCAUCUAUGUGCCCAUCUUCGUGUGCGGCCUUGUCCUCAACAUCCUGGCCCUGGUUGUCUUCUGCUUCCUCCUCCGCAAGUGGACAGAGUCCACCAUCUACAUGACCAACCUGGCCCUCCUGGACCUCCUCCUCCUCCUCCUGCUACCCUUUAAGAUGCACGCCACCAUCCACCACUGGGAGGCCCACCACCGCUUCCUCUGCUCCUUCCUGGAGAGCCUGUACUUUGUGGGCAUGUACGGCAGCAUCUACACCAUUGCUUGCAUAGCCAUGGACCGCUGGGUGGCCAUACGCCACCCCUUCCGCGCCAAGCAGCUCCGCUCCCGCCGGGCCGCUCUGGGGAUCUGCAUCCUGGUCUGGGUGGUGGUGCUGGGGGGCACCUCACCCAUCUACUCGUUCCGUACGGCGGGAAAUGGGUCCUUCCACUGCUUCCACGGCUUCUCAGAGAAGGGCUGGCGCCCAGAUGUGAUCAGCUGCCUCUUGGGCUUUGGGUUUGUGGGGCCUGCCCUGGUGCUGGUGGUGUGUUCGGCCCAGAGCAUCCGGACGCUGAGGCAGUCCGGCAAAGAGAGCCAUAAGAACAGAGCCUGUGUGAGGAUCAUCUACAGCAGUCUCUGUGCCUUCCUGGUCCCCUUCACGCCUAGCCACCUGGGCAUCAUGCUGCAGUUCCUGGUACGGCAAGACGUGAUCCAGGACUGCAUGACCAAGAUGAAUAUCAGCCUGUUCCUGCAGGUGGCCAUGAGUCUGGCCAACAUCACGUGUUGUCUGGAUGCUCUGUGUUACUACUUCAUCACCAGGGAAGUGAGGAGCUCCAAGCAGACCUUCACCUUCAGGAGGUCCAGGUCGAGCAGCCAGAGAAGAGCCACCACCAGCACCUCAGAGCUCUGACAAGACCCAUGGAGGGACAAACACUGAGCCGAACUGGUUGAAAUUAUGUUUCAACCAGUUUUCCCCACUGGGAAAUUACUGUGUGUGUGUGAAAUCUUACUAGCUGUGUGAAAAAUUCUGCCACUGUUUGAGGACAAGGGACGUUGAGUAGGAAAUAUGAGUAUUUAUUAUUGAAAACCUAUGCAUUUUGGCCCAAUUUUUCCUUUUGACCUUCUGCAGACUUAAUACCUCGGACAAGAGUUAACCCUAGGAGACCAGGUGUUUUAAUAUAUUUAACUUUCACUAUAUUUCACUGCUUCGCUUAAGUAAAAAGUUUUAAACUUAUUUGACUACCACAAAAUACUUUUAAAGAGCUGAAGCAAUACAAACAACAUUUUCUUGGAAAUGUUCCAUUUGAUUACAAUUGUUUGUGCCUUGUGAAAUGCCAUCUAUAUGUGUACUGUAUGUUCUGAGAAGGGACUCAUGAGACUUUGUCAUCAGAUGAGUGAUGUGGGCUAAGACAGCACACCCCUCGUUUCAACUGACGGCAUACGGAGAAAACCUCAUUUGUCUGUGCGUAUGCUGACUGUCGCUGUGGUUACGAUAAAACACAUGUACACAAACUAUGCCUUCAGAAAGUAUUGCUCUCUCUGUACAUCCAAUGGCCAGCCGUGCUGACCUGUUCUGAGCCAAUUGCAAUUGUGGCACCUGACCACACGACUGAACAGUAGUCCAGGUGUGACAAAACUAGUGCCUGUAGGACCUGCCUUGUUGAUAGUGCUGUUAAGAAGGUAGAAACUAGAGCCUGUAGGACCUGCCUUGUUGAUAGUGUUGUUGAGAAGGCAGAGCAGUGUUUUAUUAUGGACAGACUUCUCCCCAGCUUAGCAACGGUUGUAUCAAUAUGUUUUGACCUUGACAGUUUACAAUCCAGGGUUACUCCAGGCAGUUUAGUCACCUCAACUUGUUCAGUUUACACAUUAUUUAUUACACGAUUUAGUUGAGGUUUAUGGUUUAGUGAAUGAUUUGUCCCAAAUAGUUUUUGAAAUAUUUAGGACAAACGUAUUCUUGCCACCCAUUCUGAAACUAUCUGCAGCUAUUUGUUUAAAAAAAAAAAAUAAGUGUUGCAGUCCUCCCAGUUGCUGUAUUAGCUGACGUGUAUAGUGUUGAGUCAUCCACAUACAGUUGAAGUCAGAAGUUUACGUACACUUAGGUUGGAGUCAUUAAAACUCAUUUUUCAACCACUCCACAAAUUUCUUGUUAACAAAUUAUAGUUUUAGCAAGUCGGGUUAGGUCAUCUACUUUGUGCAUGAAACAAGUAAUUUUUCCAAACAAUUGUUUACAGACAUAAUUCACUGUACCACAACUCCAGUUGGUCAGAAGUUUACAUACACUAAGUUGACUGUUAUUUAAAUAGCUUGGAAAAUUCCAGAAAAUGAUGUCAUGGCUUUAGAAGCUUCUGAUAGGCUAAUUGACAUCAUUUGAGUCAAUUGGAGGUGUACCUGUGGAUGUAUUUCAAGGCCUACCUUGAAACUCAGUGCCUCUUUGCUUGACAUCAUGGGAAAAUCAAAAGAAAUCUGCCAAGACAUCAAAAAUAAAAAUUGUCGACCUCCACAAGUCUGGUUCAUCCUUUGGAGCAAUUUCCAAAUGCCUGAAGAUACCACAUUCAUCUGUACAAACAAUAGUACGCAAGUAUAAACACCAUGGGACCACGCAGCCGUCAUACUGCUCAGGAAGAAGAUGCGUUCUGUCUCCUAGAGAUGAACGUACAUUGGUGCGAAAAGUGCAAAUCAAUCCCAGAACAACAGCAAAGGACCCUGUGAAGAUGCUGGAGGAAACAGGUACAAAAGUAUCUAUAUCCACAGUAAAACAAGGCCUAUAUCGACAAAACCUGAAAGGCCACUCAGCAAGGAAGAAGUCACUGCUCCAAAACCGCCAUAAAAAAAGCCAGACUCCGGUUUGCAACUGCACAUGGGGACAAAGGUCAUACUUUUUGGAGAAAUGUCCUCUGGUCUGAUGAAACAAAAAUAGAACUGUUUGGCCAUAAUGACCAUCAUUAUGUUUGGAGGAAAAAGGGGGAGACUUGCAAGCCGAAGAACACCAUCCCAACCGUGAAGCAUGGGGUUGGCAGCAUCAUGUUGUGGGGGUGCUUUGCUGCAGGAGGGACUGGUGCACAUUACAAAAUAGAUGGCAUCAUGAGGAAGUUAAAUUAUAUAGAUAUAUUGAAGCAACAUCCCAAGACAUCAGUCAGGAAGUUAAAGUUUGGUCGCAAAUGAGUUUUCCAAAUGGACAAUGGCCCCAAGUAUACUUCCAAAGUUGUGGCAGAAUGGCUUAAGUACAACAAAGUCAAGGUAUUGGAGUGGCCAUCACAAUGCACUGACCUCAAUCCUAUAGAGAAUGUGUGGGCAGAACUGAUAAAGUGUGUGUGAGCAAGGAGGCCUAAAGACCUGACUCAGUUUCAUCAGCUCUGUCAGGAGGAAUGGGCCAAAAUUCACCCAACUUAUUGUGGGAAGCUUGUGGAAGGCUACCCAAAACGUUUGACCCAAGUUAAACAAUUUAAAGGCAAUGCUACCAAAAAUUAAUUGAGUGUAUGUAAACUUCUGACCCACUGGGAAUGUGAUGAAAGAAAUAAAAGCUGAAAUAAAUAUUCUCUCUAUUUUUAUUCUGACAUUUCACAUUCUUAAAAUAAAGUGGUGAUCCUAACUGACCUAGACAGGGAAUUUUACUUGGAUUAAAUGUCAGGAAUUGUGAAAACUGAGUUUAAAUGUAUUUGGCUAAAGUGUAUGUAAACUUCCGACUUCAACUGUAUGUACUGUAUAGGAAGGAUAGGAUUGCAAAAGAUACGUGACUGGAUGAACAUUGACCUCAACCCUGCUAAAUUGUAUAAAAAGCCUUUGCAUUAUUGUUUUAGCAUUAAUUUACGCUCUUGUGAUAAUUCACGACUGCUUUGUUAGACAACAGUCCAAAGAGAAGUCCACCUGUUAUUAAAACCUAUAUUAGACUGUUUUUAUAUAACAGCAACCUUCAAACGUAUGUUACUGACUGCCAAAAUACGUUUUGUUAUGUCAUUAGAUUAAAUUAUUCGAAUCAAUUUUAUUCUAACAACUUAAACAGUAUUAUUCUUCAUGUUUUCUUAAGUGGUUGUUCAAAACAAUCCCUAUCAUCACAUUACAUGUACCUUAACUUAACCUGGUGUUUUAAAGCUGAUAGGAAGUGUUGUGGAAAUUCAACACAGGGACACUAGAAGUCAACAUUAAAUGAAUCACUCUUUAUUGUCAGCAAACUGGACAGGUCACAGUCAAACUUAGAUGCAUAAAGUACCGGUCUGAAGUGAGCUCUAAAAUGGCUUUCCUUACACACAGCCUUAUAUUCAUCUGCAUAACAACCUACA